UAUCACGCUCCUAUAUCCAAAAAGAUGGCUUCCUUACAAACCCUGUCUUCAACAAUUUCGCGCCUAAAUCUGCUCCAAAGAUCCUCAUUUAAUUACUCACUAACGUCUCUUAAACUACUUAAAUUUUAUGAACAACGAAUAAUAAGACCCGCGCGGUCGCCUCUCAGUUUUUCUACUCUAUCAAACCGUUCUUCCACUUUUAAGCCGAUCAAGAUGAGCUCUAAAGAUGAUUUAAUUGUUCUUGGCAUUGAAACCAGUUGUGAUGACACUGCGGCUGCUGUUGUGAGAGGGAGUGGUGAAAUUCUCAGCCAAGUUGUGUCUUCUCAGGCAGAUCUGCUUGUUCAAUACGGAGGUGUUGCUCCUAAAAUGGCAGAAGAAGCACACUCGCAAGCAAUUGAUCCGGUUGUGCAAGAAGCACUUGAUAAAGCUAAUUUAACUGAAAGAGAUCUUUCUGCAGUUGCUGUUACUAUUGGUCCUGGUUUAAGCCUUUGUCUUCGUGUGGGUGUGCAAAAAGCUCGAAACAUUGCUAGUCGCUUCAAUUUACCGGUUGUUGGUGUUCAUCACAUGGAGGCUCAUGCUUUAGUAGCCAGGUUAAUUGAACGGGAGUUGCAGUUUCCUUUCUUAGCUCUGCUUAUAUCAGGCGGUCACAAUCUACUUGUUCUUGCACAUAAUCUUGGUCAAUACACACAGCUUGGAACAACCAUAGAUGAUGCAAUAGGUGAAGCAUUUGACAAGACGGCGAAAUGGCUUGGUCUUGAUUUGAGGAGGAGUGGUGGGCCAGCUGUUGAGAAACUUGCUCUUGAGGGUGACUCUCAGGCUGUCAAAUUCUCAACUCCAAUGAAACAACAUAAAGAUUGCAACUUCUCAUAUGCUGGUCUGAAGACGCAAGUGAGACUGGCAAUUGAAUCCAGAAAUAUUGAUGCCACAAUACCCAUUUCUUCAGCAAGUAGUCAAGAUAGAAAUUCCCGAGCUGAUAUAGCUGCCUCUUUUCAGCGAGUUGCAGUAUUACAUCUAGAGGAAAGGUGUCAACGAGCAAUUGAAUGGGCAUUGAAGAUUGAGCCUUCUAUCAAACAUCUGGUAGUCUCUGGAGGCGUUGCAUCAAACAAGUAUGUUAGGGCUCGACUUGAUCAGGUUGUUAGAAAGAACAGCCUGCAACUAGUGUGUCCUCCUCCUAGCCUUUGUACUGACAAUGGUGUAAUGGUGGCAUGGACUGGCAUUGAGCACUUUUGUGUGGGAAGAUACGAUCCUCCACCCUCUGUCAUUGAGCCUGAAGAUUUUGUGUAUGAUUUGCGGCCAAGGUGGCCACUGGGGGAGGAAUAUGCUGAAGGAAGAAGUGAAGCUCGCUCCUUAAGGACGGCUAGGAUUCAUCCAUCUCUUACAUCUCUUAUCCAAGCAUCUAUGCAACAACAAUCGUAGCCCACUUGUUAAAAUUGGCAACAUGAUACCUCAAUUUUGAUGUUAAAUCCUCAUCAACUUUAUAUAUUCAUUUUCAUAAGAUUGGCUUUGCUCUGACAUUGCCAAACCACUGUACAAUUUGCAUGCAAGUAAGACUUUGAUUGUGUAACUGUAUAUUUUUACAUGUGACCUAUGUAAUUAAA